AUGCAUCUUCCGAGCCUCGCCCUUCUAGCCGCGACAGCUCCGACCGCUUUGGCAUGCACUUUCGGAAUCCAAUUUCGCUAUAUUCGUGGAGGUGGCGCUUCGGAACUCCAGUGUAUAGGUUUUGCAUAUGACAGUAACAAUCCGGACAUCAUAAACGAUGUUAAGGAUGCCUAUUCCAACAUCGCAUGUGGCGGCGGUUGCACAAACCUUGACUUCAAUGGAAAGACAUACCGAUUUUGUUUUGACCACGCCGCGAACCUGGACAUCCAAGGAGAUGCUUCUGUUCAACGUGUUGAUGGUGGUGUCAAGGUCAAUAUUGUGCCUGAUGGGGAGAAGAAGGUAGAUAGAUUUACUGCCGGCCUCGGCAGUGUUGUUACGCACGCCUUCUACCGGUCUAAUAUUGGGUGCCCGAGUGGUUGA